UAAGGUUACACUAGUCGAUAUUUUUCCCAUACAAAGUUCGGGGUGCUUUUACUCUACAUUGUGACAUAAUACAUUCAAAAUUAAACUUGAUAUCGUUUUAUAUUGUUAUUAAGUUUGUCUGUACGGAUUUAAAAAAAAAUAAAAAAAUCCCAGUAAAAAGUUAUGAGCCAACAAAGUUCCGUUUUUCUAGACAAUUUUAACGCAACUUUGAGUGUUAAAAAGUCCCAUAAAACAUGUAAAAUCUCCAAAACGAAGUCCGCUCCGACAUAGCUCAAUUACUAAAGAGUUCUAUAAAAUUUAUUUCAAAUUGAUUUAUACAGUAGUUUUUUCAGAAAACGCUUUUUUCUGAAGCACUCUUCGUCUUUUUUUACGUACUCGUUUUGCGAUGAUUUGUCGUGCAUUUCACUCAAUAGCAUUCCCCCCGGCAGAAGCGCGGGGCGGAGCGGAGAAAGACGCUUAUACACACAUGCUUAUUUCCACAAUUUUUACGUUUUGCACGAUAUUUUGUCGUGCAAUUGUGCAAAUUUUAGUGCAACUAUUUGUUUGUAUUGUUUUGGGCUCAGUCUGCUGCUGCGGCCCACGUCUUUCGUAUCGUAUGUGUGUAGACUAUUCUCCUAGCGCUUAUCGUACGUAAACAUUACACUGACCCCCGGCUAAAACUCUGGAUUUCGAUACUACCUUCUUUAUCUGUUUGACUUGGCACUGAACUUUGGACUUGGUAUUUUCGUUUGUGAUUGGAAUUGUUGGUUUGAGUGGAAUAGUGGAUACUAUUUCAGUGAAGUGGUUUUCAUUGAGUGCAAAACACGUGUGGAAAACAAUAAGAAACAAGAAACAAUGGAUUCAAAAACUUGGCGAAUGGGGCAAAAAGGGCGUCUAAAACUAAGCGCCCGCAGGAAGAAGCUCAAAAGAUCAGCGAGAGGAUAUUUCAUGAAUAAAGAAAAUAUUCCUCCAGUGCAUGAAACGUUCCAACAAUCACUUCAAGAAGCAAUUUCUGCACAAGGACCUGGUGACUCUAGUGGGAUUAGCUCCGAUACUUGUCACGUACUGAACACACCGUCUACACCCCAGUCAUCACCUCGAGAGUCAUUUAAACAAAUCGUCGUACAAGCUCAAAUACAUGAAAUACCCACGUCAAGACCUAAAAAUGAACUUGGACAAAAUGAUCCGUGCCAUCAAAUAGGCUUUACGGUUAUUUCAACACAAACUGAUUGGGAUAUCAUCGAAUCAGACGUUGAUUGUGCUCGUGACACUCCGAUUCUGACUACACAGAAAACAUCGAUGUCAACGACAUAUGAACAAUAUGAACAAAAUAAAUCCAGUGAGUCUGAGUAUGAUACAGAACUCUACGAUAUAUCUUUCGAUAACGAAAAUUGUGGCGUUACUGAUUGUGCAAAUUUAGAAGGAAACAGAAUAAUAAAUAUUGCAUACUUAUUUCAACAAUUGCAAAAUAUCAGACAUUUACCAUUCGAAUGCAAUUUUCAGCAUUUAGAAUUUAUAAAAGAAAAAAGAAUUGGGUUUUAUUCACAAUUUAUUUUUAAAUGUAAAUUAUGUAACAAAAUAGAAAAUAUUUACUCUCAGGACUAUAAUAAGGAAAAAAAAGACAUUCCGAUAAAUUUAAAUGUCAUAGAGGGUAUAUCUCAAACUGGCAAUGGAUGGAGCCAGCUUGACGAAGUAUGUGCAAGUUUAAAUAUGCCUAAUAUGAGCGAAACCUAUUAUUCUAAAUAUAAUAAAAAGUUAGCUGGAAUUCAAAAAGACAUAGCUUUGCAGCUUAUGUUAGAAGCAGGUGCAGAAGAAAGGCGCCUUGCUUUAGAAGCUAAUGAUGUCAUGCAGGGUGUACCAUGUGUGACCGUCGUAACAGACGGCUCAUGGGCUAAACGCAGUUACGGCACAAAUUUUAAUUCACUUUCUGGUGUGGGUUGCAUAAUAGGUCACCGGACAAAGAAAAUUUUGUACAUUGGGGUCAAAAAUUCUUAUUGUAGCGUAUGUGCUAUGGCUCGAAAUAAAAAAUCGGCUACACCAACACAUACGUGUUUUAAAAAUUGGUUUGGGUCAUCUACUGAAAUGGAGACGUCGGCCAUUGUAGAUGGAUUCAAAGCAAGCAUGGAGAUGCACGGAGUUAUGUUCACGAAGGUAAUUGGUGAUGGUGAUAGUAGCGUCAUGAACGCCCUUAGGGACGCAAUGGUGUAUGGUCCAAAUAUAAAUAUAAGAAAAAUAGAAUGCACCAAUCAUUUAUUACGAAAUAAUUCUAAUAAAUUAAGAAAAACUGGAAAAAAAACACAUAAUAAAGUUGGCUUUGUACCUGUGCCUUUACGUAAAGCGCUUCUAAGUAGAAUACGCCGUUUACACAACGCAGUUACUGGGGCAGUAGCACACGCACAAGAGCUUGAGGCCACAACAGCAGACAAGCUUAGAGUGCUUGUAGAAGAUUUACGAAAUGGGCCAUGCCACGUAUUUGGAUUCCAUGACAGUUGUAAGCCAUAUUACUGUAAAAGGUUAGUAGGUGAAGAAAACCUCGUUCCACAACUCAAAUCUAGCGGGUUGUGGAACGAUAUUUUUGAAAAUCUUGGGUGGCUUAUACAAAAUGCGGAAAGCUUGCUUCUGAAACAAACUAACAAUCCGGCAGAACAAUUUAAUAGUAUAAUAGCAAAGUUCCUUGCAGGCAAAAGGGUAAAUUUCACAAGAAGAGGGACAUACGAAGCUAGAUGUUUUUCCGCAGUAGGGCACUAUAAUACAAAAGAUUAUAGUUUUUUAAGUAUAGUUCAAAGGGCAAUAUGUCCUGAAUCUUCAUAUGCUUAUACGGAAAAAUAUAUAAAUAAAAUGAAAAGUAAAUUAGUAAAGCAACGAACUAGGAGUGAAUUAUACAAAGCACGUGGAGCCAAAAGAGCUAAGCGCUUCACAGUGGCCGAUAAACAUUACGGUGAGGUAACAGAGCAAGAGCCCGAUAUGCCACUUAAUAUUUUUGAAAAAAAGAAAAAUGAUUUUCUCAUUUCAUUAAAGUUAGAUGAAAACGAAAUACGUGAAUUAGAAAAUAAAACUCUCACGCAGUCCAAUUCAGAUUUGUGGGUUGUAGAGCGCAAAAAACGAAUAACCGCAUCUUUGUUCGGCCAAAUAUGUAAGAUGAAAAAUUCUACGCCGUGUACUGCAACAUUAAAAAAUAUGUUAUAUUCUACAUUUGCUGGUAACGAUGCAACGCGAUACGGUAAGGCACAUGAAGGAACUGCAAUUGCAGAUUUAGAAAAUAAAAUUGGAAAAAAAAUAACACCAUGUGGUUUAUUCGUAUGUAUGGAUAAACCAUACCUCGGUGCGAGUCCAGACGGCCUAUUAGGGACAGACGGACUUGUAGAAAUAAAGUGCCCGUCAUCUGCAGCAGGUCUUUCACCGCUAGAAGCAGUACGGCAACAAAAAAUUAAAUUUUGUUUAGAGACUGCUAAUGGAAUGAAGUUGAAAAAAACGCAUAAUUAUUAUUUCCAAGUGCAAGGCCAACUGAUGGUAACUAAAAGAAAAUUUUGUUACUUUGUUGUUUGGACGCCAAAUGGCAUCGAAAUUGAUGUCAUUGAAAGAGAUGAUGAGUUUUGGACGCCAGACAAAAUGUCUAAAUUAGAUAUUUUUUACCACCGAUGUGUUUUGCCAGAGCUGAUAGAUCCGCGUUACCCUCGCAAAUUACCAUUUCGAGAUAGAUUUUAACGAUAUUGUUAUCAUUAGCAUAACAUCAUCAUUAUCAUGAUAUUUCCGGAAUAUUCUUUGCUUGCUUUGAGUCCAGUAGGCUCAGUGAUAUCGGCCCCUACUUACUAUGUAGUUAGUAGUAGGUAGUGUAUGUUGUUAGUUUUAAUCCAUUUGUAUUAUUGAUAUACUUAAUUUGUUUUGAGCUGUAGUAACGAUAUUACGUAAAAAAAAACAAUGUCUAUAAUUAUUAUGAUAAAACAAGUAUGUUACCAUUAUCAAUAAAGAUUUAUCAGUUUCAA